ACAACAUGAGGACACCACGAUUUAGUGUAACUCAAGAUUCGAAUUACCUUUUAGUAGAAAUUCAUGCCCCAUAUUGUGAUUUACAAGAUUUAGAUGUAGAUAUUGAAAAUGAAAAUUUCAUGUUUUAUUGUAAACCAUAUUUUUUAAGAUUACACUUACCUGGAAAAGUUAAAGAUUCAGAUACUAGCUGUGGAGUAUUUGAUGCUGAUACACAAAAAUUUAAUUUUAAAAUUGAAAAAUGUAAUCAUGAUGAAUUCUUUCCCGAUUUGGAUAUGUUAACGAAAUUAUUACAACCGAAACUAAAUAAGAAUACAGUCAAUACCAUUGAAGUUAUCUCAUCAGAGAAUCAAUCUGAUGACAAUUCUGAUAGUGAAUCUGAUCAAUGGUAUGUUAAUCAAGAAAUUCCUAAUGAUAGAGAAAAUUGUCUUGUUUUGAAGCAAGGAUAUGGUUUUGGCAACAAGCUUACGUCGUACUUUGAUAAUAUACAGGAUCCUUUAUUUGGAAUUUUGGAUGAUAUUAGAGCCAUUGAAAUGACUCAAGAAGAUCGUAGAAAUGGAAGAAUUCAUUUUGAAUCGUCUAGUUUUGAUGAGAACAUAUACUUAUAUCAAUAUUUUAAUGAUGAAGAUAUUAUGGAUAUUAUAAAUUUUCCUUCGCCAUGGAUCAAACUUGAAGUCGAUAAGUUAGAAUAUUCAGAAUAUGAAAUGGAUAUUUUAAAAGAAUUACCAAAUAAAGAAUAUUUAUUAUCCACAAGAGAAGAAAAUAUUGUGCUAUUAGGAUUGGUUGAUAUUUUGUUUGCGUAUUGUUAUGAUAAACGAACAUUUGGAUUUGAAAAUAGCGUAGAAAAUGGAUGGGCGACAAAUAAAAUAAGUUCAACCUUAUCUUGGUUUGAUAUUUUCCAAGCAUCGAAUGAAGUAAUUAUUGCUAACUUUCGCAGAUCACUUUGUUUUCCUUUAUAUAGAAAUUUUAAAUUAUCGAUAAAAAUUUUUGAUGAUUUAAGAUUGUUGUUGAAGUUUGGUAAAAAAUUUAUUCUCAAAUGUUUGCUAGAAAUUCAUAAAUGGUUUAACAUGGGUAGUUGUACAGACCCAAGAUAUAUUUUAAAUGAUUUAUACGUCAAAGAUUAUUGUGUUUAUAUUCAAAAAUGCAAUUCUACGAAAUUAAACGAUAUUAUUAAUGAUUUAGAUAAAAUCGAAAUUUCUAAAGAAGAUUUAAAUUUAAAUUUAGUCAAUAUUGAACGUUUAGCAAUACAAGAAAUUUUAGAUUCAAAUAUGGAUACUUCAUCUGAAAGCUGUUCGUCAGAUUCGGACGAUGAUUCAAGUAGUACUACAGACUCUGACGAUGACGAUUCAUCUGAUAAUAUAAGUGUUAUAGAAAAUUUAACUGAUAAUCUAGAUUGUUUAGUGAUUAAAUCAAAUGAAAAAUUACAUUAA